UUUGACACCAGAGCCGUAUCUUGCAAUAUUCUAUGCUAAAAAAGUUGACACAGAGAUUUAACAAUCCAAGGAUAGGGAGAAUAUAUACAAAUUUGAUCCAUGCCCCACUUGGCACAGAAUAAAAGUGCUUCUCCAAAAUGAAAAAAAAAAGAUUAUUUGGCUUUAUUUCUUAAUGGCAAACACCAUUCAAAUAAAUAAACUCACUAGGGUCCCCUCUUGCUCUCAAACGUAACCCGGGUGAUAAUAUUCUUAACUAAAGAGAAGAAUCAUUAAUAGUAUCUUGUUUCACAUGCAUAGUAACCAUUCAUCUUCUAUAUUCACAAAACAGAAUAUAUUUUAUAUUAUAGUGACAAACACCAUUGCUUCAUUUCCUUGCUCUCUCCAAAUUUCAAUGGAGAUAUUCAAAUUCUUUUACUUCAUUAAUCUUCUCAUUCUUCUCUCUAUUUUCAUCUUACCAUCAUCAUCAUUAUCACCAUUGCCAAUUGAUUCUUAUUCAAAAGCACUCUUGAGUAUAAAAUCCGAGCUCAUAGAUGACAACAACAGCUUGGAUGAUUGGGUGGUGCCGUCCGAAAAGAACUUAACUCAAAAUGGAAGUUCCUAUGCAUGUUCUUGGUCUGGUAUCAAAUGUAACAAUCACUCCCUUAUAACUUCCAUAGACCUUUCCAUGAAAAAACUAGGAGGUACUCUAUCAGGUAAUGGAUUCAGUGUCUUCACAAAUGUUACUAAUUUCAACCUAAGCUAUAAUUUCUUCUCUGGAAAUCUUCCAUCACAGAUUUUCAACCUCACAAGCUUGGAAACCUUGGACAUAAGCAAAAACAAUUUUUCAGGUCAAUUCCCAAAAGGAGUUUCAAAGCUAAAAAAUUUGAUUCUACUUGAUGCACUUAGCAACGCCUUUUCAGGUCAAUUACCCGCAGAAUUUUCACAACUGGAAUAUCUUAGGAUUCUUAACCUUGCUGGAAGUUACUUUAUCGGAACAAUUCCAUCUGAAUAUGGCUCUUUCAAAAGCCUUGAGUUUCUUCAUCUAGCUGGAAAUUCUCUAUCCGGAAAUAUACCUUCUAAGCUUGGUAAUCUUCAAACACUGAUUCACAUGGAAAUUGGCUACAAUUUUUAUCAGGGUUUCAUUCCGGCGCAAAUCGGUAAUUUGAGCAAGCUCAAGUAUCUUGACAUAGCAGGUGCUAAUCUAUCUGGUUUUAUUCCAAAGGAACUUUCCAACCUAACUAGUUUGCAAUCACUUUUUCUGUUCAAAAACCAACUCACAGGAUCAAUACCAAGUGAGCUCGGCAAAAUUAAACCGCUCAAAGAUUUAGAUCUCUCUGAUAACUUCCUUUCGGGGUCCAUUCCUGAAAGUUUUUCCGAGUUGAAGAACCUCAGACUUCUUAGUCUCAUGUACAAUGACAUGAAUGGAACUGUUCCAGAAGGGAUUGCAGAAUUAGCAUUCUUGGAAACUCUUGUUAUUUGGAAGAAUAAUUUCUCUGGAUCACUCCCAAAGAGUUUAGGAAAAAACUCCAAACUCAAGUGGGUGGAUGUCUCCACAAAUAAUUUCAAUGGCAACAUACCACAAGACAUUUGUCUCGGUGGAGUACUGGUUAAGUUAAUUCUGUUUUCAAACAAAUUCACCGGAAGUCUUUUCUCGAUCUCGAAUUGUUCUUCCCUUGUUCGACUUCGCGUAGAAGAUAAUUCAUUUUCGGGUCAGAUCCCUUUAAAAUUCAACCAUCAUCUGGAUGUCACAUAUGUUGAUUUGUCAUUGAACCAUUUCGUUGGAGGGAUUCCCUCAGAUAUUUCUCAAGCUACUCAAUUGGAGUUGGAGUAUUUCAAUGUCUCUUAUAAUAAUUUGACAGGUCAAAUACCUGAAGAGCUUGCCAAUUUCCCUAGUCUCAAAACUAUAGAUUUGUCUAACAAUAAGUUCAAUGGCAUCAUACCUGCAAAGUUUGGCAGUUCAUCAAGUUUACAACUUCUCAACGUGUCUUUCAACAAUAUCUCAGGUUCGAUACCAAAAGGAAAGCCAUUCAAACUAAUGGAUAGCAGUGCUUUUGUUGGAAAUCACGAGCUAUGUGGUGCACCGUUAAGAUCGUGUUAUGAGUCUCUGGGAAUAUUAGGCAGCUUACGGACUUGGAAGCUUACACAAAUUGUGUUACUUUUUGUAGGAUUGUUAAUAAUUCUUCUCGUGUUGGCUUUCGGAAUACUUCACUUCAGAAAGGGAUUCAAGAGUUUAUGAAAAAUGGUUUCGUCAUGUUUUGAAAAGUUUUAGUGUUGUUGCCAUUGAACAUGCACAAUUUCCAUCACCAUCACAUUGUAGUUACAAAACCAAAUAUUCCAACUACAAUUAAGCAGGAAACAACAGGUAUGCGUGUUCGUAUGCGUAAGAAACAAACAAGUCAUAUUUAGCCUUUUUACCCUAAAAAUUAGUAACAUUUAUAUUGGAAAAAGUUCAAGUCAAGUGUUGUUUUUAUAGCCUAAAUAAGGUUUACUAUAAAGUAAAGACAAUCAUAAUCUUACAAAUUAGCUUGCAGAUAUGUAUAGUUAACAAUUGAUUUGCAAAGUUAACAAGUUUGCAGAUGUGUGAUUAGAUAACUCUGUAUCUUGUAUAAUACAUAUUUCAUUGUUUCAA